AUACGUUUGAGGAGGUAAUAAACACCACAAAAACAUUCCGCAAGCCGAACCCAACCAUACGCACUUGUUUUUUCAUUCUCUUUUUACAUAAUGCAGAAAAUGAGCUGUUCUACAGAAUAGGUGUUGAUAAUGCUUAAUGUGAGCAAUGUUUCACUAUGUUUUGUACGUUUUGUAUAGCAAAGAGAUUCUGAAUCAAUAACAAAAGCUGUUCCAAUGUAUUUCAUCUCAUUUUAUCAGAGAUUCCUCGAAAUGCUUGUAUAAGCACUUGUUUGCAAUUAAGGUCAUGAAUCAAAACGAGAAAAUUUUAAACCAACUGGAGAUAUCUAGCGACGAAAAUGAGAUAAAUAAUGGAAGAGAAGUUACGAAUGGCGUUACAAGCUGUUCAAGUUCUUUAAACAACGAUACAGCUAGAAGUGAUUUUAUUUGUGAUGCAGAUGAAGUUAACUUUGAAAGUUGUGAAAAACAAGGGCUUAAUGUUAAAAAUCAUGCUGAAUAUUCGUUGCACAAAAGUGAAACAGAAAAGAGAGAAAAAAAGGAAAAGGAAGGGGAAAAUUUUGAUGAGAUAGAUUAUCCAACUUGCUCCACCUUAAAUAUAAAAGAAGAAAGUGCACAGGAGGAAAAUAUAUAUAAAAUCUACAGUUACAGAUGGUUAAUUUUAUUCAUAUUUUCAAUGAAUACAAUGAUAAACGGAGUGUUAUUCACUGGCUUAAGUCCUGUCACUAACAUAGCGAGUAAUUAUUAUAAUGUAUCCUCGGUAAUAAUUGACUGGUUAUCUAAUUCUUUUAUGAUUGUGUAUGUUUUCGUCGCACUACCGGCAGCUUAUCUCAUGUUUAUAUUCGGUUUAAGACCAUUAUUGACUGCCAUUUCAUGCAUGCAUUCUCUUGCAAUGCUUUUGAGAUACAUCGGUCACGAAAAUGAAAGAUUCUCGUACAUUUUAGCUGGACAGUGCUUGGGUGCUAUAUCAUUUGGAAUGCUUUUGCAAAUUCCAGGCCAGCUAUCUUCCGUAUGGUUUCCUGAAAAUGAAAGAUCUAAGGCUACAUCAAUUGGAGUUGCGAUGAAUUUAUUUGGGGUUGGAAUUGCUUUUUUGCAAACAACAAGUUUUGUGAAAAAUUCAACAGAUCAGCGUAUCGUCCAGAGUGGAUUUGAAGCUUUGUUUGUGACGCAACUGGCUUUUUCUGUUGUUAUAUUUUUACUAACGAUUGUGGCUUACAAGGAGAAACCAGAGACGUCUCCAUCACACAUUGUAAAUGUUGAAGAGCUCCAAUUUACAGCGUCGUUAAAACAUUUAUCCAAAAGUAAAGAUUUCCUCUUUAUGUCGCAGUCAUAUGCCAUUUAUUACGCGUUGCUCGUAUGUUUUACUAUACUCCUGAAUGUUAUGGUCACAACUUAUUACCCAGAAGGUUAUGAAAGAAAAAUUGGCUGGAUGGGUUUCACUGGUUACGUCGUUAGUAUCUGCAGCUGCGUACUUGUUGGAUUGUGGCUGGACAAAUUUCACGCUCAUCAAUUGGUUGCAAUGUUUUUAAAUGGACUUUCUGCAGUGACUUGGUUGCUGUUUGUUUUUUUAUUAACACAAACAAAAAAUUUUAUUUCUUUGUUUAUUUACUUCAGUGUCGUGGCAUCAGUUGCUGUGCCGAAUUUUGCAACUGGCAUUGAACAAGCAGCAGAAAUGACUUAUCCUGUCCCGGUCAUCAUUUCCAGUUCCGUCAUUUUAGUACUCAGUAAUCUGUAUGCUUUUAUUUUAUUGUUGUGUUUUGGUUUAUUAGCUGAGGCUGGAUUUAUUCAGAUUGUUUGCUACACGAUGUUUGGUUUUUACUUGGUAUCAACACUGUUGUCAUGUUUAGCACGGACUGAAUUGAAGAGAGGACAAGCGGAGGAGGAAGCAUUAAACAAUUCCAAUUAAAACUGUUGGACAGAAAACAGAAUAUGUACCCUACGACUGGUUUGGUAUUUGGUAUUUUUAACCAGACGUAUAUCUAGAGAGCUCUUUGUAAAAGUGUAUAAACAUGCAUUGUAAUACUUUUUUAGUUAGUUGGUUUAGUUACCCGGAAAAACUAAAACAAAUUAUAUUCAACACAGACAAAUAUCAAAAUACUUUAUUUACGGUUAAUUUGGGGUAGUUAGGCGCUGUCUAACAUAAAAUCAACUGACAUUUGAAAUUAAUCUGUUAUCAGGUUAUAGUUUAUCUAUAAAAAAAAAACAAAUUAGGGAAAUGUGGAUUUUCUAAUUUAAAGGCCAAUUCGUGUUUGUAUAGGAAAUUGAGUCGGCGUUCAGAAAAAGCAAAUUUUGUAUCAACCAAUUGAAAUUGUGACAAUAAAAAAAUUCCUUAA